UCAAUUUGGUCUGCUCCACUGAUAAUGUCAAAUGAUCUACGAGCCAUAGAUCCGCAGUUCAAGGACAUUUUGCAAAAUCGUGACGUCAUAGCUAUAGAUCAGGAUCCACUUGCUAUCAUGGGACGACUAGUCUUGAAUACCGUCCAGUUCGCUCUUUCCCGCGUUGGAAUGAACAACACAGCAGGCUACCAAGUAAAGGACCUUUGGAGCAAACAAGAUAUGGGCGUAAUGAAACCUUCCGAUACUUUGAAGGUCAGCGUACCGCCGACUGGCAUCUCCAUGCUGAAAGCAACCGUAAUAUGA